AUGUUCAGAUUGCGCCAAAGUGCUCUGUCUAGCCGAACAUGGCGACAGUCAAUUUUGAGUCCGCAAGGUGCUCGCAAAAUCUCCUCCAAGAGCCCAUACUUCAGGGUCUCUGAGGAAGUUCAGCAAGCUAUUCACGAAAAUAGACCAGUUGUCGCACUUGAAAGCACAAUCUACACUCAUGGCUUUCCUUAUCCAGACAAUAUCGCCUUGGCUUCUCAGUUGGAAAGUAUUGUCAGAGCCGGCGGCGGCGUUCCUGCUACCAUUGGUAUCCUCGACGGUAUCGCUCGUGUAGGCUUAGAUGCUGAGGAAGUCGUUCGUCUCGCUGGUGCUGCUGGCAAACCUGAUACACUGAAAAUCUCAAGACGCGAUUUGGGCUUUGCUUGCGGUAUGGGCUCCCCUGGACGUCGCUAUAAUGGUGGCACGACUGUAGCAGGUACCAUGAUCCUGGCUCAUCUGGCUGGCAUUCAAGUCUUCGCUACAGGAGGCUUGGGUGGCGUCCAUAGAGGUGCUGAAAGCACCAUGGACAUCUCGGCUGAUCUGACCGAGCUUGGCCGCACUCCAGUCGCUGUUGUAAGCAGCGGCUGCAAGAGCUUCCUAGACAUCGGACGAACCCUUGAGUAUCUAGAGACUCAGGGUGUGCCUGUUGCUACCUUCGCCGACGGUCGUGAUGGCAAAAUAGAUUUCCCUGCUUUCUGGACUAGAGAGAGUGGCAUACAGAGCCCAAUGGUUUUGGACAAUGAGAAGACAGCUGCUGCGGUCAUCCACGCACACAAGUCAUUGGGUCUACAGUCUGGUCUAUUGUUCGCGAAUCCCAUCCCGGAAGCCUUUAGCAUUGCCAAAGCCGAGAUGGACAAGGUAAUCGAUGAGGCUCUGCAGGAGGCAGCACAGGCAGGCGCUACUGGAGCUGCCAACACUCCUUUCAUACUUGCCAAGAUCAAAGACUUGACAGGCAAGAACAGUGUAAAGUCCAAUCAAGCUCUGAUUGAAAACAAUGUACGAAGAGGCACUUCAGUGGCGGCCGAGCUGAUGAAGCUGCAAGCCGAAACCGAGCAGCUUGAAUCAGGCUUCUCAACCCACAUCCCAUCUGGUGUUCUUAAGGCUGUCCCCACUCCCAUCGAGUCGACCAAGACUUCGAAACCCCCAUCGGUGUUCGUGGCUGGAGCACUUGCUGUUGACUUCUCGUGUGAUUAUGCUCCGAUCUCUUCUACUGCCAGCAAAGAGCCUGCUCUGCAUACAUCCAACCCAGCAAAAAUCAGUCAGUCGCUCGGUGGUGUAGCCCAUAAUGUCGCUCGCGCAGCGAACCUUGUCGGAGAUCCAGUACGACUCUGCAGUUCAGUCGGCGAUGACCUCUCAGGCAGGGCUGCUCUCGAUGCACUUACUACCGAAGGUCUCGAAAGCACUGGCAUCAAAACUCGUCAAGGCAGCAAUACGGCUCAGUAUGUGGCAGUCAACGAUGCCAGCAAAGAUCUGGUCCUCGCUAUGGCCGACAUGAACAUUCUUGAUGAGCCUGCAGCCCAUCCGGGUCAACCGUCGACGUCCACCUCAACCUCAAUCGAUACGCUCAACGACUUCUGGCUGCCUCAGCUUCAGGAAAGCAAGCCUACACAUCUAGUCCUGGACGCAAACUGGCAGCCAACAUCUCUAGCACGUUGGCUCGAAGCCGCAGAGAAAAUCUCUGCACACGUUGCCUUUGAGCCUGUGAGCACUGCAAAAGCGCCUAGAAUCUUCCAACUACCACAGACGCCCCUGAAAACUUUCCCUAAUGCAUCCAUACAUCUGUCUACUCCCAACUCUAUGGAACUAUCAGCCAUGUAUGCAGCAGCCAGCUCGCUCGGCUUCUUCGAACGUCAGGACUGGUGGGCAGUCAUUGACUCUCUGGGCAUUCCGUCCACAGGCGCUCGUGUAGCAAUGACCCAGGCAACAAACUCUGCUCUCGUCGAUGCUGGAAUCCCUCAACAGACUAUCCAGCUCUUGCCUUUCAUCCCUAAAAUUUGUGUCAAGCUCGGCGCUGAUGGUGUGCUCCUUACUCAGGUCUUACCUGCUGGUGAUCCGCGCCUACAAGAUCCUGCUUCUUCGCCUUACAUACUUAGUCGCUGCUUUAACCUUCCUGAGAAGUCGUCUGGUGUUGGUGGCGUUUAUAUGCGUCUUUUCCCUGCUGCCGAAAAGGUUGAUGAGAAGGAUAUUGUCAGUGUCAAUGGUGUGGGAGAUACCUUCCUUGGCACUAUCGUUGCUGGUCUUGCUAAGAGAGGCAAAGAUGCAAAGAUUGAAGAAUUGAUCGAUAUUGCGCAGAAGGCUGCUGUCCUCACACUGAAAAGUAAGGAAGCUGUCAGCCCUGAGCUUUCGAGUUUGAGAUCGCUGCUAUAG